GAACUAUCACGGGUCUCUCUCUGUAUAUUGCACCAUUGCCAACUUUCAUUGACAUCUUCAAGAAGCGCUCUGCAGACAAACACUCAAGUGCUCCUUAUUUAUGCGGCCUGCUCAGCUCGUUCGUCUGGACCAUUUACGGAUCCCCAGCGGUGGCCAACGCGUUCAGCGUGUUUGUUAUAAGCAUCCUGGGGUUGCUGUUCAACGGAUCGUACUGUUUGAUCUUUUAUCUCUUUUCCACAGAACACAAGAGAUUUAUUGGUGCAGCCAUCACGAGCAUUGUGCUAUGUGCGGCCACGAUGGCAUCACUGGCUGUGUCAGUCAUACCUGCACCUGUUAGACCAUUGGUGUUUGGCCUUUCUGGGGACUGCACCAGCACUGCUUCCUUUGCUGCUCCCUUGACGGCCGUGGCACAAAUGAUUCAGACACGGAGUGUCGAGUUCUUUCCUAUCCAGCUUUGUGCUGUGUCGCUUGUCCAUACAAUUGUGUGGACGGCUUAUGGAGCGUCAACCUCUGACAUAUUUGUGGCA